UGCGCAGGGGUGGGGAAGGGGAGGGGAGGGCAGGGAUUGGAGCCUCCGGGUCCCGGGGCUGCGUGGGUUCCCGCGAUCCUUGACGCGCUGACUGGCGUCCCCAACUCUGGAGUGACGGAUGCUUUCGGUCAAGGGGACGAGAUAAGAUUAGGACAGGGAAAAAGCCAGUUCAAGAAAAAUGCCUCCGCGGGAAACCCCAAAUCUUCCCGGCGCUUCUUGGCCUGCCUAAGUCUAGAAACUCUUCGGACCCGCUCAGGGCCAAUCAGCGAGUGGCGUUUGGGGGCUCGAGCCAAUCAGGCUGGGCCGGAAGCGCCGAGCUCGGGGAGGGUGGCAGUUGGCCCAUUAGUGUCAUCCCUGCUAGGAAUGUCGAGCUAGGGAGAGGGGCGAGGGAGGGCUACGGGGCGCCGCUAGGGACUUCUUGGGUCGUCCCAGGCCCUUUAUUGAAGGGCAGAAAAUACUCCUGAAUAUUAUGUCCAACCCUGCCAGUCAGGAGUGCUAAGAGGGUUGGGCAUUAGGUCUGGGUUGGAGCGUGUGGCGGGAAGAGCCCCGAAUUUGGUAUCAGAAGUUCUAAACGGACUUUUUUGAGCAAGUCCAUCUUUUGCGAUCCCAGUUUAUUAUCAGCAAAAUAAAAAAGUUGCACUAGAUCAGGAGUUCUUAACCCCGGAUCCUUCAAACUUAAAUUUUUUUUUCAGCCAGGGACAAGGAAAUGUGCUAAGCUCAGGGAUACAAGAAGAGGCAAAAGACAGUUCCUGCCCUGGAUCGGCACAAUGUAAUGGGUGUUCUCCAAAUUCAGAAAUGCCAAGGUCCCUCAGCCUCUGCCAGGGGCUGCAUGCAGCUACAAUGCUCCUGAACCAGAGGCUUCAAUUCCUGGAGAGCAUUACACAUGUCCUAUUGCUGGUCUUUAGCCACAAUAACCACAUGACUUACUUCCCCUGGAACUACAGCCAGAUACCUGGGCUCCCCGAGAAGGUGGCGGUGGUGGGUGGGUGUGUGAGAAAAAGGCAGGAGGGAAAUCCCACCUGCUGUGAGUCACCUGCCCAGCAGAAAGGGCGGUACAGAGUGGAGAGUUUAAAAAGACACGAGGCAACUCAGAGGGAGAGAGAGAGAGAGAGAGGAGAGAGAAAGAGCCAGAGAAUUAACAGGGAAAGCAAAGGAUAAUACAGAAAGUCAGAACUGGUCACAGAUCAGUGUGAGGGGGGUCUGUGUGCUAGAUACAGAACUAGCUGCAGAAUCAGCUUGCCAGGGAGAUGGAGUCUGGACUCAGGGUGAUGCUUCUGUCGAUGCUGCUGCUGUGGACUGCUGAAGGCCGAGCAGUACCUGGUGGAAUAAAUGUCGCCUGGGACCAGUGCCGGGAGCUGUCUCAGAAUGUUACUGCCUUGGCGUGGGGCAUUCACCCGCAAGAGUUGCCAAGAGAUGAAGGCACUGGAGAAGCUGUAGAUGACGUGCCCCUCAUCCAGUGUGGUGAUGGCUGUGAUCAUCAGAGUCUCAGUGACAACAGCCAGCUCUGCUUGCAGAAGAUCCAUCAAGGCUUAAUCUUCUACGGUCACUUGCUGAACUCAGACAUUUUCACUGGGGAACCUUCUCUACUUCAGGAAGGUCCUGUGGGGCAACUCCAUACCUCCCUGUUGGGCCUUAGCCAGCUCCUACAGCCCAAGGACCGUGCCUGGAAGAAACAGCAGUUUCCUAGCCCCAGCGAGCCAUGGCAGCGCCUCCUCCUUCGCCCCAAGAUCUUACAACGACUUCGAGCCUUUGCUGCGAUUGCUGCGAGAGUUUUCACUCACGGGGCAGCCACUUUGAGUCCCUAGGGAAUUGGCUAAUACUACCUCAACCAUCAGAGGGCUAACGUGGAUGAGACAGACCGUCACUACGUGUAAGAAACCAAGUAAUGCUGAGUCGCACUCCUCAAAUACUGAUAAAGCAUCACAAAUGUUGACAACUACCAACACUGACAGAAGCCUGAAUACCUGGGCCAGCAGAUAUUUAUUUAGGGAAAAUUAAAGUAUUUAUCCUCAUAGGACAGUUGUGGGGGAAGUAUUUAUGAUAUUUAUGCUAAUGUAUGAAUUUUCUUCAAUAAAACUUAU